GCGCGCUGUCAAAGUCCGCGCAUGCGCGCUGCGUCGAAGGCGAAGGCACAAGUUCAUUAGUUCAGCGCGCGCUGUUCUCGGGUUCAGAGCGCGCUGUUUGGGUUUUAAGGCUCCACAUUCGGACAGAUCGGUCAGCACUGCUGUGCAGAAUGCGGACGACCUCAAUUGCACGCUUAAAGAAGGCUCUGGGUCGCGAGCGCGUCGUCACGCGGGACUGAAGGCGUGUGUAUGUGUGUGUGUGUGCGUGCGUGUGUGUGUGAGAAUCUUUCACGCGCCCCAGACGGAGAUGCGGCUCGUGUGGCUGUUGCUGGUGGCGCUCUGGGGGGCGCUUGGGGGUCUGUGUGAAGUAGAGGAGGGGUCCUGCAGCGGAGCGUUUGAUUUAUACUUCGUGCUGGACAGGUCCGGGAGUGUGUCGGACAACUGGCUGGAGAUAUAUGGAUUUGUGGAGCAGCUAACAAAUCGCUUCGUGAGUCCAAAGAUGAGGGUGUCUUUCAUAGUCUUCUCCUCUAAAGCCGAAGUGAUUCUACCCCUCACUGGAGACAGGCCUUCUAUUGAUGUGGGGUUGGAGCGCUUGAGUAAGAUUAAACCUGCUGGUGAAACCUACAUGCAUGAGGGGAUUAUAAAGGUUAUAGAACAAAUGAAAGCUCAAAGUACAAGAGCAUCAAGCAUUGUUAUUGCACUGACUGAUGGGAAAUUAGAAGUCUACCCACAUGACCUCACAGUGAAGCAGGCGGAUCUAGCGAGACAGUAUGGUGCCCGUGUGUACUGUGUGGGGGUGAAGGACUUCGAUGCCCAUCAACUUGCUGAUAUCGCAGACAGCAAAGAUCAGGUGUUUCCCGUGCUAGAUGGAUUCCACGCCCUCAAGUCUAUUGUGAAUUCUAUUUUAAAGAAGUCAUGCAUAGAGAUUUUUAACGUUGAGCCCUCCAGCAUUUGUGUGAAUGAGUCAUUCAACAUUGUUCUAAGAGGAAGGGGUUUCACUCAGGGACGGGGCUCGGAGGGUGUGGUCUGCACGCUCUCUGUAAAUCAAGGAGAAACUUACAAUGAAAAGCCGACCAUUGUGAAGGACGGUUAUGUGCUGUGUCCGGCUCCAGUGUUGACCGAAGUUGGACACUCAGUUGAAGUGCUGAUUAGCUUCAAUCAUGGUCAGUCCUAUAUUUCGAGUCCAAUCACAAUAUACGCCACCACGUGUUCUAACGGGAUUGUGGUGGCUGUGGUUCUCCUGGUUCUUCUGCUGCUGGUGGGUCUGGCUCUGCUCUGGUGGUUCUGGCCAAUCUGCUGUACUGUGGUCAUUCGAGAUCCUCCUCCGUCUCGACCUCCUCCCCCACGUCCAGUGCCUGAACCAGAGGAGGACCCACUGCCUAAGAAGAAGUGGCCCACCGUGGAUGCCUCCUACUAUGGAGGGAGGGGUGCAGGUGGGAUCAAACGAAUGGAGGUUCGCUGGGGAGAGAAAGGCUCCACUGAAGAAGGAGCACGGCUGGAGAAAGCCAAAAACGCUGUAGUCAAAAUGCCAGAGGAGGAGCUGGAGGAGCCCAUAAUUAGAGCUCCUUCUAGACCACCACCUCCCUAUCGCCCCCCAACACCAUCAAAAUGGUACACCCCAAUUAAGGGACGUUUCGAUGCUUUGUCGGCGUUACUACGGCGACAGUAUAACCGAGUGGCUAUCAUGAGACCCACAGCAGAUGACAAGGGGCGCUGCAUCAAGUUCAAGAGGAUUCAGAGCUAUUAGGCCAACCACUGUGUGUCUUUCUCAAGUGUCUGCUUUUGAAUUUGUGCACACAAUUUUUGGACGUUGAUUGUGCUUUUGGAUGUGCACUAGUAUUUUUAUAAACAUAUUUUUGGCACAUUGGCUGAUGUUUUUCUAAUGACUAACUUUUUUUCAAGCUACCGUUUGAUAUGCUGGUCCUUUAUGCUGAUUUUGCCUGUUGUGCCAUAGAUUUAUGUGCAUUUAAGUAUGUGAGGAUAUUGAGUGUAUGAGAGAGAGGGGCGUCAGUGACUGGAGGGUCUGACACAAAAGCAGCUGUGACCCAGAAUGGCAGAAUGUUGGUUCUUGCGUACUAGAAUGCAUACUUGCAGUACUGUUUAACAUUUCAGAACUGAUCUUUCGAUCAUCUAACAAGCAAAUUAAUAGUGAUUUUCCACAGUUUUAGCAAGAACAUGUAGCAUUUAUAAUUUGAAUUCAGCAUUUGUUGAGAAAAAUAAGCACUGAUAUAUCUAUAAGUGGAUUUUAAAAGUGGAUUGUAAAUGUUGUGUCCUAUUGCAAAUGCACUGUUGAAUGUCCCAAGCAAACAGUGAGUUCAUUAUUCCCUGAUUGUAAAGAAUUUCCUGUGCCACAAUCACAGUGCCCUGGAUGCUCUGUACAUGAAGUGAAAGGCCAUAAACAGACGUAACAAUACAGUAAUCUCAUGUCUCUAAAUCUGCAGACGCAGUAGUAUUACUGAUUAAUCUCCUGACCACUGCUGACCAUGAUUUCUGUAAUUAAAUAAAAUAUUUUUUUUUUUUAA